AACAACGAACAUCAAACAACAGCGCCAGCACACAAUUCAUACAUCACAACCAGCAAGCAUUAAGUAUCUCAAAAAGGCCUCCGAUGGAUGCAAUAACACAAACACAAACACGAACACAGCAUAACAUCGGCGCCGUUCUGGAACACGCCAAUUCAUUGCCGUCUUCGACUCUAGGGCUACCAGUAACUCGGCGGCAAAUGACCCCCAGCAAGUGCUGUAAAAAGAACAGGGAUAGAAUUAUCCAACCCUCUUGUUCAAUUGCAAGCGACAAGAGUCCUGCGCCAUUUUUUCUUCGGCUUGCUUUGCCAAAAGGCGCUGGUACUUGUUGGCUGUCUUGGUUAAUGCCAACACUGCUUGUGUCCUUGUGUUCUUUUUUUCCUUGGCCCCUUUUUCUCUCCUUCCUCUUCCUCGUUUUCCAUACUUUUGCAUCUCUCGUUAUAGUCCAGAAAAGUCAUUUUAUUCUUUCAUAUAUCCUCAUCAUGCAUCUCUCUUUCUUUGCUCUUUCUUUGUUCAUCUGUCCUGCUCUCCCUUGUACACUGCAUACUUGUUUCCAUUCAUCCGUUCCUUCGUUUUUUCUUUCUUACAUAUAUAGUCCAUUAAUCACACAGCAUGCCUCCUGCCCUUUCUCAUAUACACAUCCUACCCUUUUGUUCUUGAAGCAAAAUAAAUAGUAAUAAGAAAAAUGACUUUCCACCUCUGCCUGAACGCUAUUGGUGAUAAGAUAUGAACUACAGUAGAAGGAAACACAAUGGGGCACCAUAGGCUGCUGCCAU